AACCAGAUUUAUGAUCCAAAUCUGUAGCCAUAGCCAUAAAGUCGAUGAAUGAUCCGAUCAAAAAUAGCUAAUGGGAAAAGGCAAACCUGGAAAUCUUUUCUCACAGAAUCUUGACUUCCAUUGGUGAAAGAAUCAGAUCAGAUGAAAGAAGAAGAAGAAGAAGUAGAAGAUACAGAGAGAGAGGAUUGUUGGAGAGUUGCAUCGAGGUCAUCCAUGGAUCCAGAGAUAUGGAGUCGGCUGCCGGAGCAUCUUCUGGAGCGGGUGCUCUCCUUCCUCCCUCUCAAAACCUUCCUCGCUCUCCGAUCUACCUGUAAGCACUUCAACUCUCUUCUCUACUCUCCUUCCUUCACCCAUUCCAUCUCUUCAUCUUCGUCUUCCUUCAUCCUUCUGGCGCAUCCGCAGAGUCUCCGGAGCUGUCCUCUGUACAACACCGUCGGAAACUCGUGGUCGACGGAUCUCCCGCUCUCCUUCCCAGCUUGCUCCACCGAUCUCCUCUCUUCCUCCUCCUCCAAUGGCCUCCUCUGCUUCUCCCUCCUCAAUUCCUCCUGCUUCCUCGUCUGCAACCUCCUCCGCCGCUCCCUCCGCCGCGUCAAUUUCCCCGCCCGCCCCUUCCAUUUCGAAUUCCUCACCUUGAUUUCCACCUCCGACGGCGGUUACAAGCUAUUCGCCCUCUCCGCAAAAGGCUCCUCCAAUAAUGCCCUAAUUUACGACUCCAAUCGCGCCUCCUGGCGCCGCUUCCCCGGCUUCAAUCCAACGCUAUCAGAAAACUACCAUCAGAAAGGCGUCCACUACAACGGACGCCUCUUCUUCACCACGCCGGAGCCUUUCCAGGUCGUGUGCUUCGACCUGGAGAGCUGCAGGUGGGAGACGUCGGCGGCGAGGCUUCCGGACGAGCGGCUGACGUUCGUCCGCCUGGUGAGCGACGAGGAUCGGAAGCUGUACCUAAUCGGAGGGGUAGGAGCGACGGGGAUCUCUCGAAUCAUCAAAGUGUGGGAGAUGAUGAUUACAGAGGAGGGCGGCGGAGAAGGUUGGACGGAGGUGGAAACGUUGCCGGAGAUGGUUAGCCGGAAGUUUCUGUCGGUGUGCUACCACAACUACGAGCACGUGUACUGCUUUUGGCACGUGGGACUGAUCUGCGUGUGCUGUUACACGUGGCCAGAAGUGCUGUACUACAAGGUUUCUAGAAGGAGCUGGCAUUGGCUCCCCAAGCCCCCUUCCUUGCCUCACAAAUGGAGCUGUGGCUUCAGAUGGUUUUCUUUCAAUCCCCAGCUCUCUCCCACACCAUAAUCAUUCAUAAUAAAUAAUUUAAAAUAAUAUAAUAAUAAUAAUAAUUUCAUUUUAUUUUAUUUUAUUUGAUCUUCUUCAAAAAUCAAUCAGAGUUGCAAA